UGUGAUUCGUUUUAGAGGACCAACCUAUCACAUUGCGAAGCACCAGAUUGGAUCCCCUUUGGCUCAGCGAACAAGCAAAGGUUUGCAGGGAAGAUCGAAGUGUUGCGUUAGCGCCAGAUUCAUCUUUCGUAGUUCUACCUCUUCAACGAUGGUGCUCGAGGCGACUAUGAUCUGUAUUGACAAUUCCGAAUGGAUGCGUAAUGGCGAUUACGCUCCUUCAAGAUUUCAAGCUCAAGCAGAUGCCAUCAAUCUUAUUUGUGGAGCUAAGACGCAGUCUAAUCCAGAGAAUACGGUUGGGGUUCUCACAAUGGCGGGAAAAGGUGUUCGUGUGCUGGUUACGCCCACCACUGACCUGGGCAAGAUACUGGCAUGCAUGCACGGUUUGGAGAUAGGGGGUGAGAUAAACCUAGCAGCUGGCAUCCAGGUGGCUCAGUUGGCUCUUAAGCAUCGUCAGAACAAAAAGCAGCAACAAAGGAUUAUAGUUUUUGUUGGCAGUCCUGUCAAACACGAGAAAAAGUUACUGGAGAUGAUUGGAAGGAAGUUGAAGAAGAACAAUGUGGCCCUUGACAUUGUUGAUUUUGGCGAAGAAGAUGAUGGCAAACCUGAGAAACUGGAAAGUCUUCUGGCAGCUGUGAAUAGUAAUGACACCAGUCACAUUGUUCAUGUUCCUGCUGGUCCAAAUGUGCUCUCUGACGUACUCAUCAGUACUCCUAUCUUUACUGGAGAUGGCGAAGGUGGAAGCGGUUUUGCAGCAGCUGCAGCAGCAGCUGCUGCCGGUGGCGUAUCUGGUUUCGAUUUUGGGGUUGAUCCCAACUUAGAUCCUGAACUUGCCCUUGCUCUUAGAGUUUCAAUGGAAGAGGAGAGGGCCAGACAAGAGGCAGCUGCGAAAAAGGCUGCAGAGGAGAAUACAAAGCAAGAAAAAGGAGCUGAGCAGCCAUCUGGCUCACAGGAUGCAACUAUGACCGAGCGCUCUGGCCUUGCGACUAGUGAUGCUGAAAACAAGGCUGCUGAUUUAAUGGAUGAUGAGAAUGCACUGCUACAACAAGCCCUUGCUAUGUCAAUGGAUAAUCCUUCUGGUACCAGUGACAUACGAGAUAUUGACAUGUCAGAAGCAGCAUCAGACGAUCCUGAGUUGGCACUUGCUCUUCAAUUGUCUGUGCAGGAAGGCUCCAGUGAUUCGUCAAGCCAGACAGAUAUGAGUAAAUUGUUGGCCGAUCAGUCUUUUGUGUCUUCUAUUCUUGCUUCGCUUCCCGGCGUAGAUCCAAAUGAUCCCUCUGUAAAAGAUUUGCUUGCUUCCAUGCAAAGCCAAGCAGAGGAUAAGAAAGACGAAGAGAAAUCAUCAAAGGAAGACGAGAAAUGAGGUAUUUCAAGUUGGAUUUGCAGCCAGAAUUCACAAAUGUCUAGGAAGAUGACUACUAUCAAAUUCCUCACCAUUCUCACCCGUUUCUAAAUUGUUAUCUUUUGAUGGUAAAAUAUACGGUAUCAUCAGCAGUGUGCCUUCCUCCAUUCUGGAUCUUCAUAUCUUGUUCAUUGUCAAACGAAGGCCGUACAAGUCCUUCAUUGUGAGAGUAGGAGAUAUCCAGCUGCUUCCUCCGAACAUUACUUUCCUUUCUACUUUUCACUUCCUCAUUCAACACAUUUUGUUUAUUCAAUGAAAGUCAUAUGUUUGUCAGAAACAAAAUAGGUUUGACUAUAAGUUAUAUCUUAAGUUAAAAGUUUGGGCUUUGUGUUUAUUUGAAGUUAGACGUUUUACUCCAUAUUUAGUCCAACGAAUUCGUUCAUACAUCAACAUCAAUUUCACUUUUUAUUAAA